UACAGUGAAUCUCAGGGCUCGGGGUGAAACACUUAGUGAAAUUAAACGGACCAGACUAACUUAACGCAAAUUGAAAAAUAUAACCUACAUGAGACAUACGUACGGAAAUUAACGGCGCUAUGCUGGCCAAAAGGGCAAAAAAAUCAUAACCGAGAGCGACUUUGAACUCCGCGAGACGAUUUGAGGUGAUUUGUGAAAAGAGUGCUUUGUGAUAAUAUGUCCAUUUUGGACCAGUCCAGAGGGCUCCCGCUGAUCCAAGGAAUGCCCCCCAGCAUGCCGCCCAUGGACGGGCCGCCCAACUCCGAGGUGCUGCUCGCCCUCCUGGCCAGGAACAAGGCGCUCGAAGCAACCAUACCGAAAUGUGGCGGCUGCCACGAACUCAUCCUCGACCGCUUCAUCCUCAAGGUGGCGGACCGGACGUGGCACGCCAAAUGCCUUCAAUGCAGCGAUUGCCGCAUCCAACUGACCGACAAGUGCUUCGCCCGCAACGGCCAGCUCUUCUGCAAGGAGGACUUUUUCAAACGGUUCGGCACGAAGUGUGCUGGAUGCGACCUGGGGAUCCCUCCGACGCAGGUUGUGCGAAGGGCCCAAGACAACGUUUACCACCUGCAGUGUUUCUCGUGCGUUAUGUGCGCCAGGCAGCUGAACACGGGAGACGAGUUCUAUCUGAUGGAGGACAGGAAACUGGUGUGUAAGCCGGACUAUGAGGCGGCGAAGUCGAAAGCCGCCGAGUGCCUGGACGGCGACCAGCCCAACAAACGCCCCCGAACUACCAUAACCGCCAAGCAACUCGAAACCCUCAAAACCGCCUACAACAACAGUCCCAAGCCCGCCCGCCACGUCCGCGAGCAACUCAGCCAAGACACCGGCCUCGACAUGCGAGUGGUGCAAGUCUGGUUUCAGAACAGGCGAGCCAAGGAGAAGCGCCUCAAGAAGGACGCCGGCCGCACCCGCUGGAGCCAGUACUUCCGGUCCAUGAAGGGCGGUUCCUCCCCUCGUCACGACAAGCUCCUCGACAAGGACGAGAUGAAGGUGGACCUUGACAGCUUCAGCCACCACGAGCUCAGCGACGACAGUUACGGCACCGUCGUCAACAUGAGCAUGGACCAGGACGGGUCGUCGCCGCACAGCGGCAUCGGCCGCCCUUCGUUCCUGCACGGCGCCGCCUCCCCGUCCUACCUGCCCGGCCACACGCCGCCCCACGGCCACGAGCCCUUCCCCUACCCCGAGCAGCUGGCGGUGUACGCGGGCCUGGGGCAGCCACCGCCGGGCCUGCCGCUGCCGCACGGCAUGCCCCCGGGUGCCGACACGGACGUGAGCAACGACAGCAGUCCGAGGGGCUACCCCGACUUCCCGCCGAGCCCCGACUCGUGGCUGGGGGAGCCGUCCAGCGCCCACUACUGACCCCACAAAGCACGAGGGACACUUGUUUUGCGAUUUCGAGUUUCUAGGUGUCUUUAUGCGUGUAGUGCACAAAGUACUGUCAAUUCGGGGACGGGGGCGGGAGCGGGAGUGCGGACAGGGGCGUUCUAGUCGAGAUUCAUACAGAGAUGAUAUUGUAAUAUAAGUGUCAGGUUUAAUAUUCUAGUCGUCAAUUUAUUU